AAACAUUUAAAAUGGAAACAACGUACAUAUUGUAGAACACGUCCAAUAUUCUAAUGACAAAAGCCAAAUAAAUUAACCACCCAAUAAAUUAAUAAAUAAAUGAAGGCAGUGAUUCAAUCAAGCAUGCCAAUAUGGCUGUUUGAAAUUAAAAAUAGCACAGAUAAGGAUUUAUUUGUUUAAACAAUUGGUCACGCAUGAUUGCAUUUUCCCCAUUCUCUAAAUCUUCACACACACAACGCAUUGUUUUGUAAUAUAAUCAGUGCACGCAUAAUAAAAAUGAGCAAGUGAAGGCGCGUGUCUGCGCAGCCCGAGCGCCGGAUUGAUCCUCUUCAAACACGCGUUGCAAAGCGGAAGCGACUGACCGAAACAGACGGAGGAGCUUUAGAUUUUAACUCAUUAAUAAUCCAAACAAAGACGCAAGUUUGUCGCCGUCUUGGAGCUUCACAAAAUAACGCGGACGCUUGGGUCACACCGUCUGCGGCAAUGAAGGUCUACGUGGGAUACAUCUUUACGCGACCGGCCAACGUCAGCGGUUUCGAUUUUCAAACGUAAACAUCCGCCGAGCAGUUUCCCGUCCAUGUGUAAGCAGCCACUACACUAUGCUACCCAUGUUUAGGCUGGUGUUUCGGUCCAAAACAGAGGACAUGCCAUUCCCGGCUAAUGGUCAGUUGUAAUACGACUUGCCUUGAUUUUAUUUUAACACCAAGUGGUCUGCCAAGCCGUCGGCGUUUGUAAAGCUUCGAAUGGGUUAGCACGCGAGCUAACCUGGCUGCGAGAGCUGUUUGUUUGUGUAACUACAGACUCAAUUAUGUCGUUUGACAGCACAAAUAACACGCCAGAUAACAUAUAGUCCAUUUCGAGAAACAAAGGCGACAGUUUUACGAGCGGACAUCCUUAUUAUGGGUCUACUGAACUUUGUUUUUAGUUCAAUUGGAAAAUGCAUAGAUGUCGUUUGCCUCCUCCUGGAUUUAAACUUCGUGAUCGUCAGCUCAGUAAUUCAUCUGUUGGUGGCAGUGAUCUCCUUUGUCAAUAGUCUGCCCAUGCUACUCACAAAUUCAGUGUCGGAGUGCUGGAAUCUCACUCUGCUUUGCAUCAUUACCAUGAGGGACGGAGUGACCGUCGUGACCCAUAACAUGGUCGGAGGCUGGAUGCAGCUGCUGGGAGGCGUCCUGGAAAGCUUUAAGAUGAUCGGAUACCUGUCCUCGCAUCUACUUCUCCGCACCAAAGAGCUUCUCCACCGCGGACUGUUGUCAGGACAUGGCUUGCUGCGACAGGCCUGGGAGGGCUGUGGAAUAGUUUUCAGCUUGCUGCUGUAUUUCAUCAACACGAUCAUCAACCUGCUGCUCAUAGGCACCCAGAAUUUGUACUCCGUGGUGGUCAGCACGGUGGAAGCGGUGUCCAGCCCUUUGCAGAAAGCUCUUGAGCUGACUUUGACGGUGCUGACGUUUCUUUACAGCAGUCUUGUCGGCACCUCCAUCCUGCUGUGGACGCCGUGCAGACUGGCCAUGGAGUUUUUGGGAUCCGUGUGCCAUGUGUUUGUGAGCAUUUUCCUGCUCAACUCGUACGGGCUGCUGCUCACGUUGAUCAUAAUCGCGAGCGCCACGGUGUAUCUAAACCCUGCACUCCCGCGUCUUGCAUCCGCGCGCGCGAUCAACUACAUCAACGCUGUUCCCAUCCUGCAGCGCCUCCGGAGGGCUCUACGCCGCCUCUGUGUGCUGGAGAGGAACGUGUGGCGGCGGUUGGCCUGGCAUCGCAGCCAGAUAAUGGUUCCUGCGAGGAUGGAAGUGGAAGAGAGGGACGCUAGACAGCCCGAUCCCAACCCUGAGCCUCGAGUUGAUCUGAAUGUGCCAGAAAACGCACCUGAGGAUGCCAACCAAGUGGAUGACCCAGUAAACCCGCCGCAUCCCAGUUCCAGCACUCGCAGGCCACUCCGGAAGUUUCCUUCGGAGGACAGUUGCAAAGGCCCUCCGGCUGACAACCUGCUGACUCUUCUGCAGGAGCAAGAGGAGAGGAAGAAGUGCGUGAUCUGUCAGGACAGCACCAAGACCGUCGUGCUCCUGCCGUGCCGGCACUUGUGCUUGUGCAGAGACUGCACCAACAUUUUGCUCAGCCAGCCUUUCUACCAACACAACUGCCCCCUGUGCCGCCACAUGAUCCUUCAGACCAUGGACGUGUAUCUCUGAGGGAAGCGUUUACGGAUGUGUUUCUGUCGUCCUCAGGUUUUUUGAGCAGCACUGUUCUCGAAAUGUGGGAAACCACUUGUUCCUUUUUUGCAGACGUUGUUCAUUCCACUACUGUUGCUUGUAUAUAGAUUUAAAUCACAACCUUUUAUAAAUCGUGGUGGCGAGGCUGAUGACCGUGACCCUGCUUUCUUAUGGUUUUAUAUUCAUUGUCACUUUUUUCAUCUGCUUGUAGAAGCAACACUAUUUUUCUCAUACAGCAAUAUCACAUGAAUGUAAGCUUUGUAUUAUAAAACAUUAAAACGGGGUGUUAAUUGUGAAGGUUAGAGAUUUCUAAUUGUCAAGUGUUUAUGGGGAACAUUUGUAUGCUACAAUACUAACAUUGAGCCUUAUCGUAUGAAUUGUUGUCUACUUGAUUGAUUUUUUUUGUAGCCUGACUGUAAAAGGUUUCAUGGGAACCUUUGAAAACUUGCGAUAAUCUACAAGUAAUUCACAUGUCUUCCGUCCAGCAGUUAGUGUCUUGUAAAGACAAACUAUUCCAAAAGAGUCCUUGAUACUUCUUUCUCCGUUAAAAGAGAAGAGAAAUAUGCACAGAUUAAGCAACGUUUAGAAGCAGAAACAGUCCAGAAAAUUUCUAAACAAAUAUAUUUGAUGCAUGGGAUGGACUUUUUAACUGGAGGAAAUGUAAAUAUUGCCAGAAAUUGAAUAGUUUAGCUCACGUUUAUUAGAAACAUGCAGAUUAAUUGUUAAUUGAUGGAUUGAAGUCUUGUGAAUUACUGUGAUGUUGAUGAGGAAUAUUUGUAUACUACAAUUAAUGUUGGGCCUUAGUAUGUUUUGUUGUCUACUGUAAAGGUUUUCAUUGGAGCAUCUACAACAUCAUAUUAUUUUUUUGUGUGAAUAUUUAGUUCUGCUUUACAUACGUUGUAAUCAUUCCACCAAAGCUGUUUUGCACUCUUUUUAAAUGCAAGUGUCACUACAGUAUUUUCAGAAGCCAUUCUACAAUCUCAUUCAUGCUGUUUUUGUCAUUUAUUAUUGAACAGCAUUAGGGCUCUCUCACCGCUCAAGUGGUAUUGAUUAACGCAUUUCAAAAUCGAAAUUUUGAGCUUGUUUUUUUUGUUUUGAGAGACAGUAAUUCAAUUCAGUUACCGGUAAAAACAGAGGCAGAGAGGCUUUUAGCUCAGCUUUGAGCAGGGGAUGAUGUUAGAAAUGACUAUUCGAGAAACAAGGUAGCACUGCCUUUUCUGGUUUAUCUCAUUUAUUUGGUCUUACACGAUGCUUCAAAACCCAUUCAGAAAGGCACAAUGCGCAAAGACAAUCAGGUGCAUUUGCAAGGCAUGCAAGCUGUUGUCCUUCUUUAAAACAUUUAAAAAAUGGCUCCCGAAUUAUUUCGGCAUCUCUCAAUUUUGCACAAUGCAGCUGACAAGCAUGGUUUGUCAUUGUAAUUUUAAGGUUUUCAAACAAGCUGUGAUUUCAUUCCAUAUCAAGCCCCAAGCCUUUUGUAUUCUUGUACAGCAGAUAUUUGUUUUCUAUGAAGGUCUCCAGUGAUGAUGUUUGUGGGUAGAGCGGAUGGCUGUCUCUCCAGAGGCCUGGAUAAUAUCAAAACCACAUUCACUGACUAUCCAACUGAACAAUAAACAGUAUUUGACUGUG